GUCUGGAUGGAGAAGCCACUAGUAGUAUAAGUAGGCUAGCAGGGCCGAAGAGGAGAAGAACCAACUACUCUAUCCACGCUCACGUCGCUCAGGAGGAGAACACGAAGGCGCCGGCCAUGGCGUGCUUUCAGACGCGUCCAAGUGCUGCUGUUGUGGUCGUCAUCACCAUGUUUCUGCUCCAAGCUUGCUAUGAAGGUAGUCAAGCAUCAGCGUCUUCCUCGCUGCAGCUGCAGCUGCCUCGGCAUCAGAUGCGCAAGAUGCUCAGCGUCAGUGCACCUUCCAUGUCAUCGAGCGGCGGAGGAGGGCGCUCGACGGAGCCGUUGGAGCUGGAGGAGUGCUCAAAGGAUCUCCUGGAGGUGUUCCAGAUCAACGCGCCGAGCAUGGCGGGCGGCAUACCGGCCUACAGCGUGGAGUUCACCAACACAUGCAUGGAAUGUCUCGUGUGCGACGUCCAUGUCGCAUGCGGCGACUUCGCCUCAAAUGAUGUCAUCGAC